AGCCUCCGGGCGGCGCGGCGCGGGCGGCGGCCGGAUCCAGGGCGGGGGUCGGCGGCCCGGCCAGCCCGGCCCGGCCCGGGGCCGCGUCCUGAGAGUCAGCCCUCGCCGCUGCAGCCUCGGCGCCCGGCCGGCCGGCCAUGGAGCGCCCCCCGCCCCGCGCCGCCGGCCGGGACCCCAGUGCGCUGCGAGCUGAGGCGCCGUGGCUGCGCGCAGAGGGUCCGGGGCCGCGCGCCGCGGCCGUGACGGUGCCCACGCCGCCGCAGGGCUCUUCCGUGGGCGGCGGCUUCGCGGGCUUGGAGUUUGCGCGGCCGCAGGAGUCGGAGCCACGGGCCUCGGACCUGGGGGCCCCCCGGACGUGGACGGGAGCGGCGGCGGGACCCCGGACUCCAUCGGCACACAUCCCCGUCCCAGCACAGAGAGCCACCCCAGGAAAAGCCCGGCUGGACGAGGUCAUGGCUGCCGCUGCCCUUACAAGCCUGUCCACCAGCCCUCUCCUUCUGGGGGCCCCAGUUGCAGCCUUCAGCCCAGAGCCUGGCCUGGAGUCCUGGAAGGAGGCUCUGGUGCGGCCCCCAGGCAGCUACAGCAGCAGCAGCAACAGUGGAGACUGGGGCUGGGACCUGGCCAGUGACCAGUCCUCUCCGUCCACCCCGUCACCCCCACUGCCCCCUGAGGCAGCCCACUUUCUGUUCGGGGAGCCCACCCUGAGGAAAAGGAAGAGCCCGGCCCAGGUCAUGUUCCAGUGUCUGUGGAAGAGCUGCGGGAAGGUGCUGAGCACGGCAUCCGCGAUGCAGAGACACAUCCGCCUGGUGCACCUGGGGAGGCAGGCAGAGCCUGAGCAGAGUGAUGGUGAGGAGGACUUCUACUACACAGAGCUGGAUGUUGGUGUGGACACGCUGACCGACGGGCUGUCCAGCCUGACUCCAGUGUCCCCCACGGCCUCCAUGCCGCCUGCCUUCCCCCGCCUGGAGCUGCCAGAGCUGCUGGAGCCCCCAGCCCUGCCUAGUCCCCUGCCCCCGCCCCCGCCCCUGCCCCCGCCCCCUGUCCUGAGCGCUGUUGCUAACCCCCAGUCCUGCCACAGUGACCGUGUCUACCAGGGCUGCCUGACGCCUGCCCGCCUGGAGCCGCAGCCCACGGAGGUCGGAGCCUGCCCACCCGCCUUGUCCUCCAGGAUUGGAGUCACCCUGAGGAAGCCCCGCGGCGAUGCGAAGAAGUGCCGGAAGGUGUAUGGCAUGGAGCGCCGGGACCUGUGGUGCACAGCCUGCCGCUGGAAGAAGGCCUGCCAGCGGUUCCUGGACUAAGUCUGGCUGGUUCAAGAACAUAAGCUACCACCUUCUCCCUCCCCACCCCCUCCAGGCCCGGGGCUGAAAGAGCCCCGGAACAGCCCCAGGGGCUGGCCUUCACCAGCUGCAGGGUCUGCUUUUAAUUGGGGGGGGGGGGGCUGACCCUGAACCCCCCCAGGUCGGGGAGGGGUCCCACCACUCAAAGUGCCUCUGAAGAAACCAGCUUUUUGCACUAAAGCCAAACCACACCGCUGUCCCCUUAGCCCCAAGGGCCCUGGGGGCAGCCACCCCCGCCCCCUGCCUGUCGGCCCGUAGAUUUAUCGAGGGUGUUAUGGGCCCAGCUGUGGGGGUCCAGUCCCGAUGCACUUUGAGGGGUGUUGGGGAGAGGACUCCCCCACUCGCACUUAAUGGCUCUCAGGCCCUGGGGCUGUUUUUACCAUGUUUUUGAAGCUCAGGUGUCUCACGUCUGGGCUGCACCAGGCGAAGAGAGAAAUUAAAGAUUUGAGGUUUUUCCAGAA